UCUCGCCCGACCGUUGCCCCUUCCGAAAUCCCCUUCAUAACCUCUCCGGCGGUCCGGCCGAAACACCAUUCCGCCCACGAAGCCAAUAAUCCGCCGCGCGCACGCAGCAAACAAAGCCGCCGGUGAAGAACAAGCAAAUCCACCAAUGGCCGACGCCGCUCUCGUCGCCGUGCCGCAGCAGCGGCCGCACCCGCUGAGCCAGAUCGCGGCGAGCGGCACGCACCGGCUGCUGCUCAAGCAGUGGCUCAAGGAGGAGGACCUGCUGGCCCGCCGCGUCGCGCUGCGGGAGGCCCGCCUCGACGGCGCCCGCAAGGAGAUCGCCUUCCUCUACUGCGCCUUCUUCGCCUUCCACGCCGCCUCCCUCCUCCUCCUCUUCCUCUCCUCCUCCGUCCCCGUCUCCUCCGGCCCGUCGACGGCGGCGUGCAGGCGGUCGUGGAUCCCGUGCCUGGUGUCGCUGCUGUCGUCGCUGGCCAUGCUGUGGGCGCUGCGGUACAAGGCGGACACGGAGGCGGUCCUGGAGCGGGUGCUGGCGCGGGAGCAGGAGGACGCCGCGCUGCUCGCCAGGUGCGUCGCCGAGCUCAAGCGCAAGGGGCUCGAGUUCGACCUGCUCAAGGAGGUGGACGCGCUGCGCAGGGCCAAGACGCUCCGCGUCGAGGCCAAGGGCUGCGGCAUCGGCGCCGAGAGCCCAAGGCGGUGGCCCGCCAGGGACCUCCCCGUCUUCGCGCUUUUCGGUGCCGCCUGUGGGGUUCUCGUGCUCACCAGGUUCUUGCUGUGCAAUUAGGCAGGAGGACGACACCGCGGGAUCUCGGUGAUUGGUUACUUCUGUGGUCGACUUCGAUUGCUGGAUCGAUGAUGAUGCUAGGAGGCUGCUUACUUACUGUUCAUUCCUGCAGAACUGUUUGUUCUGCUGAGUUUUGAUGUUUGUAAGAAGGAAAUGGUUUUAUUCCUUGGAUUUUGUUUUGUUGUUUACCAGAGAGCAAAACUACUCUCUCAAACCUCAAUGGUUCUUAUGAAGCCAAAGUUGGACCUUGUAUUGUGGCCAAAGUUUUAACCCUUAUACGUUCUUCUUA